UUUUAGUAUUUAAGUCAGCUCAGUUUGCCAUUUCAGCAUCACGGAUGUGGUGGGGAAAGCAUCUGAGUAUUCUGAAGACUCCUUCCAGACAUGAUUCCCAUACUCCUGAUCCAAGCUCUGCUCUCCAGCGCCCUCUGGAGCCCCGCGAGGACAACAGCCAUCGUCAGCUUUUCUCCCUACCCUCCCUUCACAAUGGAGUCACUCAGCGGUGUCGCUGAAACUGAAGACCCUAAACAAGCCUUCACUGUUCCCCCUGAUCAGGACCCAGAGACCAUUGUAAUUGAUCUGGUCACAGAUGGUGGGAGUCGAGCGAGUUCCCAGAUCGCCGUGACACCUGCGGCAACCUCUUUCUUUAACGGGGUGGGUGGAAGCAAGAAGAACCUUCUGGAACCAGGGGCCACCACCACAACCACCACUGCCAUUGGAUCCAGACAACAGGUGGCCCUGGAAUUGUUCACUGCUCCAAACACAGAGCAUACCUCCCCAGCUAUGGGUGUUUCCAGGGAGGAAAACCGUACUACCCGCCUGGUUCCAUUUUCUGCGACUAACAAAGGCCUUGCAGUUGGCGACCGCGUAGAUCCUGCCUUCUCAAAUGCACCAAAGGGAAACAGCACCGAUACUGAGCGACGCUGCUUCUGUAAAAUUCCAGGAGCCGAAGGACAAAAGAGAGACCAAGAUGUGCUGAGACUUGCUAGGAGAAGAGGAGAACUGCGGUCUUUGGUAGACGUCGGACAAGGCAGAACAGCGCAAAGGGGGGAUUCCAGAUCCAGGGCUGCUGUAGGUAGACCAGUGUCCCCUCAUCAGGCAGAACAAUAUGGUGGCUCUACCGAUUUUUCUUUUCCAAGAGGUGACAAAGGUGAGGUUGGGAGCCCUGGCCCCAUAGGAAUUCCGGGGCCAAAGGGAGACACAGGGGAACGUGGAGAACCAGGCCCAAAAGGUGACACUGGACAGAAAGGUGACCCUGGGGAGAAAGGAGAAAGAGGCAUAGCAGGUGAGAAGGGGGAGAUAGGACCAGGAGGGCCACCAGGAAUUCAAGGAGCUCCUGGUUUAAAAGGAGAUGCAGGGAUGCAGGGAACAGUUGGUGCCCCUGGGAGAGAAGGGCUAACUGGACUUCCAGGCCGAAGAGGCGAAAAGGGCCAGAAGGGGGACUGCAGAUCGGUUGAACCUGUAGCCUUUUCAGCUGGCCUUCAGAAAAGGAGAAGCUUCCCAUUGCCAGGAUCCCCAGUGAGAUUUGAAAAGGUUUUCCUGAAUGAAAAUGAAGCAUAUCAUGAGGAAUCGGGCAUAUUUACUGCCAACACUGGAGGAGUCUAUUCUUUCAGUUAUCACCUGAGUGUCUCUGGCAAGGCGCUGAGGGCGGCACUCUUCCACAACGGUGAAAGACUUAUGCAGGUGUCAAGCGUAAGGCAGCCUCCACAGAGCGUUUCCCAGGUCUCUGGAUCGAUGCUGGUUCACCUCUCUGAAGAUGAUGAGAUUUGGCUUCAGGUUUUGAAUGGCUCUCAAAACGGGCUGGUGGCUGAUGAAACCACUGAUUCUGUAUUUUCAGGGUUUCUGUUAUACCCUGAUUCAGCUGCAGAAAUGUGGAGCAUGCACUGGUGGUGUGCUGUCUUGGCAGUGGUAAUCACUGUUGCUAAACUGAGCACAGAGGGCAAAAGUACCCCAUCGCCCAAGUUCACAAAGAUAAAAGUGGCUGGCGUGGAAGACGGAGACGGCCUUGGUGCAUCUGAUGCUUCACCCACUGAAGACAACCAUUUCACUGAACCAGCAGAGACAAGCGACUCCACCUUGGAGCUCUCCACUCCAAACUACGCCUUCCGAACAGCCACCACUCUCUUCCCUUUUGAAAACUUCACCCUCGACUCAUCCGACUUCUUCUUUAACUGCUGCGAUUGCUGUGCUGCCACCCCAGGGGAGAAAGGCGAACCCGGAGAGCGAGGAUUGCCAGGUCUGAAAGGAGAGGCGGGAGAAAAAGGACUUCAGGGUCUACCAGGAAGUCCUGGACUACAAGGUGCAAGAGGAUUCAAAGGAGACAAAGGAGAUAAAGGAGAACAUGGAGCCCAAGGAGCAAAUGGAAUCCCGGGAUUUCCAGGCAAGACAGGAGAACAAGGUGAAAUGGGAUUCAAAGGAGACAAAGGAAACUAUGGCCUGCCGGGCGCCAAGGGGCAGAAGGGCAACAAGGGUGAAACGUGUGAGAACGGCACCAAAGGAGAGAAGGGAGAUAAAGGGGAGCUGGGCUUGCCAGGGAUUGAUGGGGAAAACGGGGAGAAGGGAGAAAAGGGGGAGCUUGGGGAAAAGGGCUACUGUGGAGAUCCUGGCGAUAAGGGUGAUCAGGGAGAACGGGGGGAGAUUGGGCCCAAAGGAGACAAAGGUGUCAAAGGAGACAUGGGGGUCGAGGGGAUCCAUGGGAUGGAUGGGCAGAAGGGAGAAAAAGGAGACCAAGGUUUUAGGGGGGACAAAGGUGACCCUGGGCCAAUUGGGAUAAUGGGACCCCCUGGGGUGAAAGGAGCGACCGGCUUCAAAGGAAUCAGGGGACCCCCUGGGAAGAAAGGAGCAAAAGGUCCCAAGGGGUCAAAGGGCGAGAUCUCAAGCCCCCCCAGAUCAGCUUUCAGCGUUGGCCUGUCCAAACCUUUCCCACCUCCCAACAUGCCUAUUAAGUUUGACAAGAUUCUGUACAAUGACCAGGAAGAUUACAAUCCCUCGACAGGGAAGUUUAAUUGCACCAUCGCUGGGGCUUAUGUCUUCUCCUACCACAUGACCAUCCGAGGGCGCCCUGCCCGCAUCAGCAUUGUGUGCCAAAACAGGAAGAUGGUCAGGUCUCGGGAGACCUUGUAUGGGCAAGAGAUAGACCAGGCUUCCUUCCUAACCAUUCUGAAAUUAAACAUAGGGGAUCAAGUUUGGCUGGAGGUCACGCGAGACUGGAAUGGGGUUUAUGUUAGUGCUGAAGAUGACAGCAUAUUUUCUGGUUUCCUCUUAUAUCCUGAUGAAAUGCUUGACACCUUACUAUAAGUAUGGUGUCUGGAUUUGAAUGCAUUACCAAGAAUCCCCCCCCCCUUUCUCUCUUGUUUAUUUUA